AAACAUGUUGUAAAACAGUAUAAAAGGUUGCUCGUGCACUAUUUAAAACAGUUUUGUUCCGACUACUUCGUAUCACAGUUUUUCUAGAAUGAAGUUUUUACUUGUACUUGUUGUUUUAUCUUUGGCAUUGCUAGCCGCUGCUGAAUCAACUAUCAUUGCACGAUGUCCAACUGUUUGUACAGAUUUAUGGAAUCCAGUUUGUGCUGAAAAUGCAAGGUGCACAGCAUUAUUUGGUAAUCCUUGUAAAUAUGAUCGUUGGAAUUGCAAUACAAUUGGAAAAGAACAAUAUAUUCCUGUCACCGCACAAAAAUGCAGAGCCUUACAAUUAGAUUCCUACAAUAGUAUAAGGUGUCGCUAAAAAAAAAUUGGCUGCUAGUAAACAGAUUUAACGCAAACGCCCUUUUGGAAAAAAAAAUAGUAAAUGAAUAAAAAAAUAUUCUUUAGCAAA